AUGGCGGAUGUGACCGCCCGGAGCCUGCAGUACGAGUACAAAGCGAACUCGAAUCUUGUCCUCCAAGCUGACCGUUCUCUCAUUGACCGGACCCGUCGGGAUGAACCCACAGGAGAGGUGCUAUCCCUGGUUGGGAAGCUGGAGGGCACCCGGAUGGGAGAUAAGGCUCAACGGACCAAACCACAAAUGCAGGAGGAAAGAAGAGCCAAGCGAAGAAAGCGUGACGAGGACCGGCACGACAUCAACAAGAUGAAGGGGUACACUCUGCUCUCGGAGGGCAUCGAUGAGAUGGUGGGCAUCAUCUAUAAGCCCAAAACCAAAGAAACCCGGGAGACUUACGAAGUGCUGCUCAGCUUCAUCCAGGCUGCCCUUGGGGACCAGCCACGUGAUAUUCUUUGUGGGGCAGCUGAUGAAGUUCUAGCUGUCCUAAAAAAUGAAAAGCUUCGUGACAAGGAAAGGAGAAAGGAGAUUGACCUGUUGCUGGGGCAGACAGAUGAUACCAGAUACCAUGUGCUGGUGAACUUGGGCAAGAAGAUCACAGACUAUGGCGGAGACAAGGAAAUCCAGAAUAUGGAUGACAACAUUGAUGAGACCUAUGGUGUGAAUGUACAGUUUGAGUCUGAUGAGGAGGAAGGCGAUGAAGAUGUGUACGGGGAGGUUCGAGAAGAGGCGUCCGAUGAUGACAUGGAAGGGGAUGAGGCUGUGGUGCGCUGCACCCUCUCAGCUAAUCUUGUAGCCUCUGGUGAACUGAUGAGUUCUAAGAAGAAGGAUUUGCACCCUCGGGACAUUGAUGCAUUUUGGCUGCAGCGGCAGCUCAGUCGCUUCUAUGAUGAUGCCAUUGUAUCGCAGAAGAAGGCAGACGAAGUGUUGGAAAUCUUAAAGACGGCCAGUGAUGACCGGGAGUGUGAGAACCAGCUGGUGCUCCUGCUCGGUUUCAAUACUUUCGAUUUUAUUAAAGUGCUGCGGCAGCACAGGAUGAUGAUUUUAUAUUGCACCUUGCUGGCCAGUGCACAGAGUGAAGCUGAAAAGGAAAGGAUCAUGGGAAAGAUGGAAGCUGAUCCAGAGUUAUCUAAGUUCCUCUACCAACUUCACGAGACCGAGAAGGAGGAUCUGAUCCGGGAGGAGCGGUCCCGGAGGGAGCGUGUGCGGCAGUCCCGCAUGGACACUGAUCUGGAAACCAUGGAUCUGGACCAGGGCGGGGAGGCAUUGGCUCCGAGGCAGGUUCUGGACUUGGAGGACCUGGUUUUUACCCAAGGGAGCCACUUCAUGGCCAACAAACGCUGUCAGCUUCCGGAUGGGUCCUUCCGGCGCCAGCGCAAAGGCUACGAAGAGGUGCACGUGCCUGCUCUGAAGCCCAAGCCCUUCGGCUCCGAGGAACAACUGCUUCCGGUGGAGAAGCUGCCCAAGUACGCCCAGGCUGGAUUCGAGGGCUUCAAGACGCUGAACCGGAUCCAGAGUAAGCUCUACCGGGCCGCCCUGGAGACAGACGAGAACCUGCUACUGUGCGCCCCCACUGGCGCCGGGAAGACCAACGUGGCCCUGAUGUGCAUGCUCCGCGAGAUCGGGAAGCACAUUAACCCGGACGGCACUAUCAACGUGGACAACUUCAAGAUCAUCUACAUCGCCCCGAUGCGCUCCCUGGUGCAGGAGAUGGUGGGCAGCUUUGGGAAGCGCCUGGCCACAUACGGCAUUACUGUUGCAGAACUGACUGGCGACCACCAGCUGUGCAAGGAGGAGAUCAGUGCCACUCAGAUCAUUGUCUGCACCCCUGAGAAGUGGGACAUCAUUACCCGCAAGGGUGGGGAGCGUACCUACACCCAGCUUGUGCGGCUCAUCAUUCUGGAUGAGAUCCACCUCCUCCAUGAUGACAGAGGUCCUGUCUUGGAAGCUUUGGUGGCCAGGGCCAUCCGAAACAUUGAGAUGACCCAAGAGGAAGUCAGACUCAUUGGGCUGAGCGCCACCCUCCCCAACUACGAAGACGUGGCCACUUUUCUGCGUGUUGAUCCUGCCAAGGGCCUCUUCUACUUUGACAAUAGCUUCCGCCCAGUGCCUCUGGAACAGACCUACGUAGGCAUCACAGAGAAAAAGGCGAUCAAGCGCUUCCAGAUCAUGAAUGAGAUCGUCUACGAGAAGAUCAUGGAGCAUGCGGGGAAAAAUCAGGUGCUGGUGUUUGUCCACUCCCGGAAGGAGACUGGGAAGACGGCCAGGGCCAUUCGGGACAUGUGCCUGGAGAAGGACACUCUGGGUCUGUUUCUGAGAGAGGGCUCCGCCUCCACAGAAGUUCUUCGGACGGAGGCAGAGCAGUGCAAGAACCUGGAGCUGAAGGAUCUGCUGCCCUAUGGCUUUGCUAUUCAUCAUGCGGGCAUGACCAGAGUGGACAGGACACUCGUAGAGGACCUUUUUGCUGAUAAACACAUUCAGGUUUUAGUUUCCACAGCAACUCUGGCUUGGGGUGUGAAUCUCCCUGCACAUACAGUCAUCAUCAAAGGUACCCAGGUGUAUAGUCCAGAGAAGGGGCGCUGGACAGAACUGGGAGCACUGGACAUUCUGCAGAUGCUGGGACGAGCCGGAAGACCCCAGUAUGACACCAAGGGCGAAGGCAUCCUCAUCACAUCGCAUGGGGAGCUUCAGUACUACCUGUCCCUCCUCAACCAGCAGCUUCCUAUUGAGAGCCAGAUGGUGUCAAAGCUGCCUGACAUGCUCAACGCGGAAAUUGUGCUGGGAAACGUCCAGAAUGCAAAGGAUGCAGUGAACUGGCUGGGCUAUGCCUACCUGUAUAUCCGAAUGCUCCGGUCCCCAACCCUCUACGGCAUCUCUCAUGACGACCUCAAGGGAGACCCCCUGCUGGACCAGCGCCGGCUGGACCUGGUGCAUACUGCUGCCUUGAUGCUGGAUAAGAACAACCUGGUCAAGUAUGAUAAGAAGACAGGCAACUUCCAGGUGACAGAACUGGGCCGUAUAGCCAGCCACUACUACAUCACCAACGACACAGUGCAGACCUACAACCAGCUGCUGAAGCCCACUCUGAGCGAGAUUGAGCUCUUCCGAGUCUUCUCGUUGUCCUCAGAGUUCAAGAACAUCACUGUGAGAGAGGAGGAGAAGCUGGAACUGCAGAAGCUGCUGGAGAGGGUGCCCAUUCCCGUAAAGGAGAGCAUUGAGGAACCCAGCGCGAAGAUCAACGUGCUUCUCCAAGCCUUCAUAUCACAGCUGAAACUGGAGGGCUUUGCACUGAUGGCUGACAUGGUGUAUGUCACACAGUCGGCGGGCCGGUUGAUGCGGGCCAUCUUUGAAAUUGUCCUGAACCGCGGUUGGGCACAGCUUACAGACAAGACCCUGAAUCUCUGCAAGAUGAUCGAUAAACGCAUGUGGCAGUCCAUGUGUCCGCUGCGUCAGUUCCGCAAACUCCCUGAGGAAGUAGUGAAGAAGAUUGAGAAGAAAAACUUCCCCUUUGAGCGUCUGUAUGACCUGAAUCAUAAUGAGAUAGGGGAGCUCAUCCGCAUGCCGAAGAUGGGCAAGACCAUCCACAAAUACGUCCACCUGUUCCCCAAGUUGGAGCUGUCGGUGCACCUGCAGCCCAUCACGCGCUCCACCCUGAAGGUGGAGCUGACCAUCACACCGGACUUCCAGUGGGAUGAAAAGGUCCAUGGUUCGUCCGAGGCAUUCUGGAUUCUGGUGGAGGAUGUGGACAGUGAGGUGAUACUGCACCAUGAGUAUUUUCUACUCAAGGCCAAGUAUGCCCAGGAUGAGCACCUCAUUACGUUCUUUGUGCCUGUCUUUGAACCACUGCCCCCUCAGUACUUCAUCCGCGUGGUGUCUGACCGCUGGCUCUCUUGUGAGACCCAGCUUCCGGUCUCCUUCCGACACCUGAUCCUGCCAGAGAAAUACCCACCUCCCACUGAACUUCUGGACCUGCAGCCCUUGCCCGUGUCUGCCUUGAGAAAUAGCGCCUUCGAGAGCCUUUACCAAGAUAAAUUUCCUUUCUUCAACCCCAUCCAGACCCAAGUGUUUAACACAGUGUACAACAGUGACGACAACGUGUUUGUGGGAGCACCCACUGGCAGCGGGAAGACCAUCUGUGCGGAGUUCGCCAUCCUGCGCAUGCUGCUGCAGAGCUCGGAGGGGCGCUGUGUCUACAUCACCCCCAUGGAGGCGCUGGCAGAGCAGGUGUACAUGGACUGGUACGAGAAGUUCCAGGACCGGCUCAGCAAGAAGGUGGUGCUUCUGACGGGUGAGACCAGCACAGACCUCAAGCUUCUGGGCAAAGGCAACAUCAUCAUCAGUACCCCUGAGAAGUGGGACAUCCUCUCUCGGCGCUGGAAGCAGCGCAAGAACGUCCAGAACAUCAACCUCUUCGUGGUGGACGAGGUCCACCUCAUUGGGGGCGAGAAUGGGCCUGUUUUGGAAGUGAUCUGCUCCCGGAUGCGCUAUAUCUCCUCCCAGAUUGAGCGGCCCAUUCGCAUUGUGGCACUUAGCUCCUCGCUCUCAAAUGCUAAGGAUGUGGCCCACUGGCUGGGGUGCAGUGCCACGUCCACUUUCAACUUCCACCCGAAUGUGCGCCCUGUGCCCUUGGAGCUGCACAUCCAGGGCUUUAACAUCAGCCACACACAGACUCGCCUGCUGUCCAUGGCCAAGCCUGUGUACCAUGCAAUCACCAAGCACUCGCCCAAGAAGCCUGUCAUCGUUUUUGUGCCAUCCCGCAAGCAGACCCGCCUCACUGCAAUCGACAUCCUCAGCACGUGUGCAGCGGACAUCCAGCGGCAGAGGUUCUUGCACUGCACCGAGAAGGACCUGAUCCCGUACCUGGAGAAGUUGAGCAACAACACGCUCAGGGAGACGCUGUUGAAUGGUGUGGGUUACCUACACGAGGGGCUCAGCCCCAUGGAGCGGCGCCUGGUGGAGCAGCUCUUCAGCUCAGGGGCCAUCCAGGUGGUGGUCGCUUCUCGGAGUCUCUGCUGGGGCAUGAGCGUGGCCGCCCACCUGGUGAUCAUCAUGGACACCCAGUACUACAAUGGCAAGAUUCACGCGUACGUGGACUACCCCAUCUAUGACGUGCUUCAGAUGGUAGGGCAUGCCAACCGACCUCUGCAGGAUGACGAGGGGCGCUGUGUCAUCAUGUGCCAGGGCUCCAAAAAGGAUUUCUUCAAGAAGUUCUUAUACGAGCCCUUGCCAGUGGAGUCUCACCUGGACCACUGCAUGCAUGACCACUUCAACGCUGAGAUUGUCACCAAGACCAUUGAGAACAAGCAGGACGCCGUGGACUACCUCACCUGGACCUUUCUGUACCGCCGCAUGACGCAGAACCCCAACUACUACAACCUGCAGGGCAUCUCCCACCGCCACCUGUCUGACCACUUGUCAGAGCUGGUGGAGCAGACCCUGAGUGACCUGGAGCAGUCCAAGUGCAUCAGCAUAGAGGACGAGAUGGAUGUGGCACCUUUGAACCUGGGCAUGAUCGCCGCCUACUAUUACAUCAACUACACAACCAUAGAGCUCUUCAGCAUGUCCCUGAAUGCCAAGACCAAGGUGCGGGGGCUCAUCGAGAUCAUCUCCAAUGCGGCUGAGUACGAGAACAUUCCCAUCCGGCACCAUGAGGACAACCUCCUGCGGCAGUUGGCUCAGAAGGUCCCGCACAAGCUGAACAACCCUAAGUUUAAUGACCCACAUGUCAAGACCAACCUGCUCCUGCAGGCUCACCUGUCCCGCAUGCAGCUGAGUGCUGAGCUGCAGUCGGAUACCGAGGAGAUCCUUAGCAAGGCGAUCCGGCUCAUCCAGGCCUGUGUAGAUGUCCUCUCCAGCAAUGGGUGGCUCAGUCCUGCUCUGGCAGCCAUGGAACUGGCCCAGAUGGUCACCCAAGCCAUGUGGUCCAAGGACUCAUACCUGAAGCAGUUGCCACACUUCACCUCAGAGCACAUCAAACGCUGCACAGACAAGGGAGUGGAGAGUGUUUUCGACAUCAUGGAGAUGGAGGAUGAAGAGCGAAAUGCGCUGCUUCAGCUGUCUGACGGCCAGAUGGCAGACGUGGCCCGCUUCUGCAACCGCUACCCUAAUAUUGAGCUCUCUUACGAAGUGGUGGAUAAGGACGGCAUCCGCAGUGGUGGGCCGGUUGUGGUGCUGGUACAGCUGGAGCGAGAGGAGGAAGUCACAGGUCCCGUGAUUGCACCUCUCUUCCCACAGAAACGUGAAGAGGGCUGGUGGGUGGUGAUCGGAGAUGCCAAGUCCAAUAGUCUCAUCUCCAUCAAGAGGCUGACCCUGCAGCAGAAGGCCAAGGUGAAGCUUGACUUCGUGGCCCCGGCCACUGGUGCCCACAACUACACUUUGUACUUCAUGAGUGAUGCUUACAUGGGAUGUGACCAGGAAUACAAAUUCAGUGUGGAUGUGAAAGAAGCUGAGACAGACAGUGACUCGGAUUGAGUGCAGAGGCCUUUGCCUUUGCAUAGAGUUGAAACUUGUACAGUUGAAUGGCAUCACAGCUAUGGAGGCCAGGUCUGUUGGCUGGGAGAACUGCAGUCAAUGCAGGUGCCGUCCCAGCCCACCUCCAGUUUUCCGCUUGCUACCUUGCCAUCCAAGCUUUGGAUCCAGUGUCUGCAGGUGUCGUGUAGCUGUUAAGUAUAAACUGUACAGCAUUUUUAUGCAUGUUCUUUGUAGUUCUUUGAUUAUACAAUCAGACAUUCUAAUAAAACAAGUUGAAGAAGCCA